AUGCCUCGCCGGGGAUUGUUCUCCGUCUUCCUGGAGGCUUUGGGAGAAGCCUCCCGUGAGCUGCACCAGGACCUGGUCAAGCUGGAUGGUUGUGGCGGCUGCUACCCAGAAACGAGCGACUUUGCACGCUGUUGUGGAAGAAGAGACAUGAACAAUGCUUUGGAGAAAGUGAGGGAGUCGAUAGAAGACACGCAGGCCGCUCUGCAUCAGUCGUUUACCAUCAAGAAAGGCCAGCCUGGAAUGCACGUGGAGGAGGUCUACAGCGGACCCGCCCUCCAGGCCCUCAAGAAGUUGGAGGAUGUCGAGCAGGAUCUCUCGGGCGGCUGA